AUGCUUGGGCCUAUUCUGUUUGUUCUCGUCAUCUUAUUCUAUUAUUUGGAGGCUCAGCUUAUGGCAAUGGCGCAAUCACCUCACCCUGAAGUCAAUUCCUCCCACAAUCAGACCAAAGAGGAAAGCCACCAGGGACAACAACACAAUGAACUAGACGACAACAAUAGCAACACAAAGCCCUCGGAGGAAAUAAUUGUCAUUGGGCUUCAGCCCCGGAAGUGUUCCAAUAUCCUCGACAGCCACUUAGAUGAUAUCAAAGUGCCGGCAUUGCAACCAAUACCACCUCAGAAACGGCCGGUCUUUCCUGGGACUGGCCUCACGCAGCUAAAGGCAGGCUGUAUAGGCUUGCUGGAUGACGGUCUGGAGGAUCUAAUGAUUCCGGUAUUGGAGCCGGAGCGAAAAGCUAUCAUCGUCACUCGAAUACGCAAGGAUAGCAACACCACCCAGCCGAAACAGCGACUACCACAGACCGUGCCCUGGGAUGGUAAGAUCCGGUGGGCCAUGACAGGCUGCACCAUCUUCGAGGAUGACCAGGAGGAACUCAACGCCUAUUUCUAUCGCCCGAAUGUCCUCUCCCGCCUGCCCGUCUCGGAUCUGUGGAUCUUUCAAUACGGCCUCCGCUAUAUCCCUGCAGCCAAGGAGACAGAUGUGUAUCGCACCGUUCGGAUUGAGAAGAUUCCGACGAAUGUGGCGCUCAACCAGAUAUUGCCUCAUGUCACCGGAGAUAUCUACUCCGCAUCUCUGUUCAACACAACGCCCAUCACUGGAUACAGCAGCGCAAUCAUCGUGUUUGUUCAUGAGCACGAGGCGCUGCAAUUCGCCUGGGCGUCACGCAAGGGACUGGCCCUGGGUCUUUUCGUGGCUAAUGUGGUGCUUGUCCCUACCCCAACGUAUCCCAUGACGGCCGAGAUGCAUCGGUUGAUCUUCCACCAAGGCUACACACGGACCCUGGUCAUUAGCAACCUGCGGAGGUCAUUGAAGGAGGAGACCCAACGUGUCUUGAAGCGAUCGGCCUAUCACAAUUACGUUCAGAGUGUGGAGGAUGGCCACGUAGCGGGGGAGGUCUAUGUUCGAUUUCAUUCGAUCAAGACAGCUGCGGCAGGGUAUGAGCUCUUCAAAGGUCAUCCGAGCUUUGGGAACUGUCAGGUCAGCUUUGUGAGGAACUCGGCCGAGUAA